AGUUGUAGGCUGCAACAUUUGUUUUAAAAAUAACAAUUGCAUUGACACAAGUCUAUCAGUGCUAUCAUAGUCACCAUAAUUAGUUUAUAUUAUCCAUAACACAAACACCAUCCAUCUCAAAUAAAAGGAACAUCACAACUAAAGGAACUAGACACAAUUACUUCAAAAAUGAGUGAUGUAUUUUAUAACUUUACUGAGUCAAAUGAGGGGGUCUAUGGUCCAGCAGUUGCAGUCAUUUUAGGCUUAGAAAUGGUAGCUGGCCUGUUUGCUAAUGCAGUUGUACUAUGUAUCACUCUUAUGCAAAGGAAAUCGUUGAGUCAGCCAUCAACCAUAUUCUUCACUUCUCUUACUGCAGCACAUCUUCUGAUGGUGCUACUCUAUCUCCCUGUAUCAGUGAUUGCAAUAGGAGCUGAAGAGUGGAUAUUUGGCAGCAAUUUUGAAGAAAAGAAAAUAACUUGCUCCAUCUCAGCUUUUGUAUUCUGGUACUCAGUCCUGCUCAUGACGAUUAAUCUCGCCGUCAUAUCAUUUGAUCGAUUCCUCUUUAUUGUCAAACCUCACUUUUACAAGCAGUUCAUGAGACCAACGGUAGCCUUGAUCCUCACCAUUGCAGUAUGGAUAUUAUCUGCUGCUUUGAAUUCAACACCACUUUAUGGUUUGGGUGCAUAUCAGUAUGGACCAAGUUACGGUUCUUGCAUUCCAACGUGGCGUAAUGUACCAGGUUACUUAUCAUUCAUGGCUGCCAUAUUCCUUAUAGUCCUUGCUUUCAUCAUCGUAACCUCUCUCUGGACAUUUUGCUUCACAAGGAAAUUCAUGCACGAGCAGGAGCCAUCUCAGCAAAGCAAUGUCUAUCAGUCGAAGGAGAGGAGGCUCUUUGGAAUAUUUGGUGCCAUGCUCAUUGUAUAUGGUGUGUGCUUUCUUCCUUCUGUAAUAACUGGAAUCAUGACAAUAUUUGUCAUCUUACCAGGACAAGUGUACGCUAUGGACAUGAUUUUAUUUCAGCUGAUUACAUCUGGAAGUCCACUAGUUCAGUCUUAUUUUAGACCAGAUAUAAAGGAACGCCUUACCUUUAUUUAUAAAAGGUCCUUGCAGAUGAUGAAAAAUAUAUUUUACUCCAGGAAGAAAAAUAAUCUCAGUCAGGAUGAACAAUUGAGCUAAAUUUUACAAAAAUUAUGCAAAAGAAAAUUAUUUUAUAAAUGCUGUUUUAAUAAAUCAUUUAUAACUUUA